GUCUGGACCGAAAGGUUGCUGAUUAGAUAGGUAGACUAGCUCACAGUAGAGAUGGACCCCAUAACUUUUUUUUCAUCCCGUCCACCCUUUUGGCCGUCCCGUCCCCGACUCUCUCUUCCUUUUUCUCCCCUCUCCUCUUGUUUUCUCCCCGAACUUCCUUUUUUUUUUCCUCCCAUCACCAAUUUCUUUUCUGAAAGAGGUGUCGAGUGUGAGUUGAACCUCAGGUCUUUCACACCACCCUCUUCUCGCUUCUUCCUUCCUCUUCCGUUCUUGAUAUCAUCAAGAACAUCACCACCACGCCCAACAUGACGGUCACCACCCGCAGCCACAAGGCCGUGGCCCCCGAGGUCGUCGACGCCACGACCUCCGGCGCCGACGUCUCUUCUUCUGCUUCCACCUCCCAGAAGCAGCAGGCUUCCACCGACGCCAUCGAAUACCCCGACAUCAAGACCAUUCGCGACGCCAUCCCCGACCACUGCUUCCGCCCGCGCGUCUGGAUCUCCAUGUCCUACUUCUUCCGGGACUUCGCCAUGGCCUUUGGGCUCGGCUACCUCGCCUGGCAGUACAUCCCCUUGAUCGCCUCCACUCCUCUCCGCUACGGCGCCUGGGCUCUGUACGGCUACCUCCAGGGCCUGGUCUGCACAGGCAUCUGGAUCCUGGCGCACGAGUGCGGCCACGGUGCUUUCUCGAGACACACGUGGUUCAACAACGUUAUCGGCUGGAUUGGUCACUCCUUCCUUUUGGUUCCCUUCUUCAGCUGGAAGUUCAGCCAUCAUCGCCAUCAUCGUUUCACCGGCCACAUGGAGAAGGACAUGGCGUUUGUCCCCGCCACCGCGGCUGAUCGCAACCAGAGGAAGCUGGCCAACUUGUACAUGGAUAAGGAGACCGCCGAGAUGUUUGAGGAUGUGCCCAUUGUCCAGCUCGUCAAGCUCCUCGCCCAUCAGUUGGCCGGUUGGCAGAUGUACUUGCUCUUCAACGUGUCGGCCGGCAAGGGCAGCAAGCAGUGGGAGACUGGCAAGGGCGGCAUGGGCUGGUUGAGGGUUAGCCACUUUGAGCCUUCCUCUGCUGUGUUCCGCAAUUCCGAGGCCAUCUAUAUUGCCCUUUCUGAUCUCGGUCUCAUGAUCAUGGGCUAUGUCCUCUACCAGGCCGCGCAGGUUGUUGGCUGGCAGAUGGUUGGCCUGCUGUACUUCCAGCAGUACUUCUGGGUUCAUCACUGGUUGGUCGCCAUCACCUACCUCCACCACACUCACGAGGAAGUCCACCACUUCGAGGCCGACUCCUGGACCUUCGUCAAGGGCGCUCUCGCCACCGUCGACCGCGAUUUCGGCUUCAUUGGCAAGCACCUUUUCCACAACAUCAUCGACCACCACGUCGUUCACCACUUGUUCCCUCGCAUCCCCUUCUACUACGCCGAAGAAGCCACCAACUCGAUCCGCCCCAUGCUCGGCCCCCUCUACCACCGCGACGACCGCUCCUUCAUGGGCCAGCUGUGGUACAACUUCACCCACUGCAAGUGGGUCGUUCCGGACCCCAAGGUUCCCGGCGCGCUUGUUUGGGCGCACACCGUUCAGACCACCCAGUAAGCGUGUGGCUUUGCUGCUGCUGCUGCUGCUGCUUCUUCGGGAUGCAUAGAGUAGAGCUGCUGUGGUUAGUGCUACUCCGGUAGUUCUACUACCAGACAUUGCAUACGAUGUUGAAAAGAGAAAGAAAGGGAGAAAGAAAGGGGACGGGGGGCUUCAACAGGUCCGAGAGGGAAAAAAAAAAGCAAAAGGGAAUCUCAACUCUUGAUGAUUGAUGGAUCUGUAAUACGUUCUGGUUCGGUUAAAGGCGUAACGGUCACACAAGUCUGGAUAUCUGGGAUUUUCAACAAUGAUGGACGAGAGCACGAU